AUGACGCGAUUUAUAGGGUGUAUUGAUUUGCAUGACGGGGAGGUUAAGCAGAUCGUCGGUGGUACGCUUUCUGACAAAAAUACUGAUUCCAAUGCUCAAUUGAGGACGAAUUUCGUCUCUACCAAACCGUCUUCCUACUAUGCUGCUUUGUACAAAGCUAAUAACGUCACUGGUUCACACGUAAUUAAACUGGGUCCCAAUAACGAUUCGGCCGCUAGGGAGGCGCUGAAAACAGCACCUUUAUUUUUGCAAGUUGGUGGUGGAAUCAAUGAUACCAACUGUUUGGAAUGGUUGGAAACUGCAUCUAAAGUAAUCGUCACAAGUUGGUUGUUUGAUUCCGAGGGGAAUUUCUUGCUAGACCGUUUACAAAAAAUAUCCAGUCUGUGUGGUAGGGACCGGCUUGUAGUGGACCUAAGUUGCAGAAAGACACAGCAUGGGACCUGGGUUGUCGCGAUGAAUAAGUGGCAGAAGUUGACCAACUUGGAAUUGACGCAGGAAACGUUUGCCAAACUGAGCGUGUACACGAGCGAGUUUCUGAUUCAUGCGGCAGACGUCGAAGGUUUGUGCCGCGGUAUCGAUGAACCCCUGGUGUCGAAACUGAACGAAUGGACUUCCGGUUUGGAUAAAUCGAUCAAGAUUGUCUACGCAGGCGGCGCUAAGAGCAUUCAAGAUCUUGAACUCGUAGAAAAAUUAAGCGAGGGUAGAGUCGAUCUGACCUACGGCAGCUCACUUGACAUUUUUGGUGGUAAAUUGGUCGCGUUCGAUGACUGUUGUCAGUGGAACCAAACCACAAAUGAACUUUGA